AUGGGCCUCAUACAACAUCUCGAUUGUAUCAAGGAUGAAUACAACCAAGUACAAUCCCAGCUAGCCCAACAACGCCAAGAACUCGAAAAGAUCAGCAUCGAACGGGAACAGAUGCAACGACAAAUGAUGAUGUGCUACGAGAUGAGCAUGACGAUGAACGCCGAGAUCAUGAAGCAGAGCGAGAUGAAUAAGAAGCUCAGCAACGUCUUGCAGCAGGUGAUCGCCCUCCUGCCGCCAGAGCAAGCCACGACAGCAUCAGCAGCUUUUGACCGCGCGAAGCAAGUAUCGGCCAGUGAAGCCUUGGCCAGCACAUCACAAGCACAAGCAAUGGCUCUUUUUGGCGGCGGACUUGGCAUGCAGAUGCCCGGAAUGCCCUUCAUGAACCCCGCUGCCGCUUUUGCCGCCAAUCCCGCAUUUGCAGCGUUAGCACAGGCAAACAAUGAACGAUCAAAUAGCGCCAGGCCGCGAUCACCGAAGGUUGAAGACGGCGACUCGAAACGGAGACGGGUUGACCCUGAUGAUGAGGAGGCCGUGAAUAUUGACGUCGAAGUGGAGGAGCCGAGUGGGAGCGGGCAGACCAAUGGCCACGAACGGAAGCCCAAAUCGGAGAGUGGACGCGACUCUGCCCACUCGGUAGCAUCAUCCGGCGCUUCGACCCCAGGAAUCCCCCGUGCUCCCCGGAAUCCGUUCGACGCGCUCGCCGCCGGAGCACGACUUCCACAAAUCCCCGGCGGCCCACACAUGAUCCCCGGUCUCGACCCGCAUGCCCAUGCGAGAAUGUUGGCCGCUGCCGGAAUGAACAUGCAGAACGGGGCUCGCCCGUGGUACAGUUUCACGAUUGAGAGCGGCGUGCAACGGCCCACAGAUCUUUCCCAACGAUGCCAUAACCGCGCCGGGGAUGCCCAAGAAUUUGAAGAAGUAACGGUGGCAAAGAAUGAGGAGACGGUGUUUAUGGGAGGAAAAGGAUGUGUUAAGUACCAGUGUCUGGCCUUGGCUGCCAGGAGCGAUCAGUACAUCAGAUCGAUUCGAUUAACGGCCGACUCGACGCGUCUCUACGUUGGUGGUGAGGCCUCGACGAUCGCCGUCUGGGACGUGCAGAACUGGAAAGUGACAUUGCAAGCACCGUCGUACGCUAUGUGCAUGUCGCCCGACCCCAGACGCUGUUCGCCUGCGGGUCUGAUGGGAAAGUGUUUAAAAUCUACGACACGCGUACUUUUGAGGAAAUGUCAACCCUGCAAGGGCAUAGCGACGGCGCAUCGAUGCAUCGACCUCUCGUCAGAUGGGCUAACGUUGUGGACGGGCGAUUCUCCAUUCAAGACGCUCCGAGCAUGGGAUAUUAGGGAACUGAAGGAGACGUCGAAAUACGACUUCCCGUCCCAAAUCUUCUCGCUCAGCUGCUCGCCAAAGGAUGAUUGGGUGGCGGUGGGAAUGGAGAGCAACAUUGUCGAGGUCGUCUCCCCCAGCCAAGCGGAGAAAUACUCGAUGCACAUGCAUGAGGGCUGUGUGCUUUCCUUGAAAUAUUCGCAGACGGGCAAUUUCUUCGUUAGCACCGGCAAGGACAACGCCGUCAAUCUGUGGCGAUCCCCGUACGGCGCCAAUCUCGUCAAUUAUCGGGAAACGUCCUCCGUCCUCUCGUGCGACAUCUCCAGCGACGAGCUGAUGCUGAUCACGGUUCCGGCGAGAAGCGGGCUACCGUCUACGAGAAUGAGCUCCACUAUUGUUUUUUUCCGCCAAAGGAUCUUGGUGAAUGUUUCCAUUCGUUGUAUUUUUCAGUUU